GUGCCUUUGCUGUGCCAUAGGGGUAGAGAUACUUUUAAAUUUUACGGAAUAAGUCUUCUUUUUGAAAAGUGAUGAAAGUGAAAAUGAUGAAAGUGACGUAGAUGUUAUGAACACGGAAGAGAUUCUUGAUUAUGAGUGACUGGUUAUUUCAAAUGAUCUGCCGCGUCAUCAGCUAAGGUACAUAAGUCCUUUCAGAAAAAAAAAAAAAAAAAAAAAAACAGAAUGGACCAGAAAGGCAACCUGUUGGACAGCGGACCGCAGCCAAAAAUUAAUCGUUCCCCAACAGACGCGAAAUACGAAGACCAGGAAGAGGUCAGUGCACUGCUUCACGACGAGGGGGACCUUCAGGACACCCGCUGUGGUAUUGGGCCGUUCAAGCCUAAAUGGCUCCAGGCCUUUGCCCGGACAGAGGUAUACCUAAUAGUAUACUGCAUAGCGGGUAUAGUGCACGGUAUGUUCUUCACAUAUACUGUAUCUGUCAUCUCCACUAUUGAGAAGAGGUUCAAACUUACAAGCAAGCAGACAGGAGCGAUUCUCACCGGCAACGACAUCUCGCAAGUGAUGCUGUCGCUGUUCCUGAGUUACUAUGGCAACUAUGGGCAUCGUCCUCGCUGGAUGGCCGUCGGGGUCAUGUGCGCCGCGGCCUCGGGCUUCGGGGCGGCGCUCCCCCACUUCCUGUACGGCCCGGGGGAGGACGCCCUGGCGCUGACGAGGCCCGCGGUCUCCUCGGCCUCCUCCUCCGCCUUCAGCCUCGACGGCGACAACGGCACCGAGACGCACGCGGUCGGAGACCAAGAGCUGUGUUUCUCGCACCCGGAGGAGAACUGCGGGGUUGACGGAGGCGGCGGCGGAGGAGCCUACAUGGGCGCCAUCAUUCUCUUCUUUUGCUCUCAGUUCUUCGUCGGAAUCGCCGUCAGCAUUUUUUACAGCAUCGGCGUGACCUACUUAGACGACAACAUCAACAAAAAGACAUAUCCUGUAUACUGUUCCGUGUCCUUCAUGCUGCGCAUCCUGGGCCCCGUGCUGGGCUUCUUCGUCGGAGGGAAGUGCCUGUCCACGUGGAUCGACCCGAAGGAGGUUCCUGCCCUCACCACGAAGGACCCGCGCUGGCUCGGCGCCUGGUGGAUCGGCUACCUGUUCAUCGGCUCGGGCCUGAUCUUCUCGGGGAGCCUCCUGUUCCUCUUCCCCCGCAAGCUGCCGGUGACGCUGCGGCGCGAGGCGAAGCGGGUCCUGCGGCAGGCGGAGAAGGACCGCAAGGAGGGCGGCGACCGCGGCCUCACCUACUUCGCCUCCCUCGCCAAGCAGUCCAAGGAAGCCCAGGAGAGGCCGACGCUCCCCAACCUCAAGAAGGCCUUAAAGCGACUCUUCACGAACAAGAUUUGGGUCGGCAACCUCUUCAAUACAACGGUGUUCGUGCUUGCGUCAUCUGGCUACUGGAGUUUUAAGCCCAAAUAUCUUGAAAACCAAUUUCGUAAAAGCUCUACCGAAGCCAACUACUAUACAGGGAUUACAAGUUUGGUGUCCCUUGUUGUGGGAACGAGCAUAGGCGGGACGGUGUUACGGUGGGCCCAGCCUGGACCGAGAUUUGUGACAGGAUACAACAUUUUCAUAACACUGCUGUUCGUUGGCUGUUACGUCACACUCAUGUUCAUCGGUUGCCCCAAAUUGCAGAUCGUAGGGCCUGUUGAAGGCUCGCCGAUCCCCGCCUGCUCUUCGCCCUGCGGCUGUUCGGCGAAGUACUCUCCCGUGUGCUCGCAGGACCAGACCACGCUGUUCUAUUCUCCUUGCUACGCUGGUUGCACCGUGGCCAACGCCUCGGCGAGUCCCAUUAUCUACACUAAUUGUCGAUGUGUCACCAACUCCACAAUGCAGGACGAUUAUGCAACAAAGAACAGCACUGGUUUUGGAACGGUGACGAGCGGCUAUUGUCCUGAGCCAUGCAAUCAUUUUAUUUACUACAUCAUUCUUCAGUGCAUUGUGAAAACUAUCGCGUCCACCGGAAGAGUUGGCAGCAGCCUCAUCAAUCUCAGGUGCGAACAGGAGGGAGACAAGAUGGUUGUUGGGACACGUGGGGAUAAAUGA